CAACAUGAUCUUGUUUUUGUGCCGACCUGUGCUUCAGGUGAACACUCAUUAGGGGAAUUUACGUCACCUGUUCCAACAGUGUGCGUGUAACACACGGGACUUGGACCCUAUCUCCUGCAGUGUGCGUGUAACACACGGGACUUGGACCCUUUCUCCUGUAGUGUGCGUGCAACACACAUACUUGGACCCUUUCUCCUGCAGUGUGCGUGUAACUCACGGGACACGGACCCUUUCUCCUGCAGUGUGCGUGUAACACACGGGACUUGGACCCUUUCUCCUGCAGUGUACGUGUAACACAUGGGACACGGACCCUUUCUCGUGCAGUGUGCGUGUAACACACAUACUUGGACCCUUUCUCCUGUAGUGUACGUGCAACACACAUACUUGGACCCUUUCUCCUGCAGUGUGCGUGUAACUCACGGGACUCGGACCCUUUCUCCUGCAGUGUGCGUGUAACACAUACAACUCGGACCCUUUCUCCCGCAGUGUACGUGCAACAUAUACAACUUGGACCCUUUCUCCCGCAGUGUACGUGCAACACACAAACUUGGACCCUUUCUCCCGCAGUGUACGUGCAACAUAUACAACUUGGACCCUUUCUCCCGCAGUGUACGUGCAACACACACAUAGAAUCCAACACUGUGACAUUUGAGUCGUCUUGGUCCUGUAUCAAUGGAUAAUGGCUUCACGUCUGUGAUGGGCAACGAGUGCUCAGCGUUAGUGUCUGUUCUGACGGCGGUACUACAUGCGAUCGGACUGUACAGCCGCCACUGGUGCGUCGUUGUGGGAGCCCACAGACGUUACGGCGGCGGGGAGCAGUGGUUUGAAGGGCUGUGGCGGACGUGCGUGAAGAACACUACUACGGGCAGUUUCGACUGUAUGGUCAUACGUAACGUGCCAGCAUGGCUGCUGUGUGUGCAGAUCCUGGUAAGCCUGAGUUUCGGGGGAGCCUUGCUGUCGGCGCUGAUGAAGCUGCUCUAUCACUUCAAUCCUUUCUGUAACAGCCGGGGAAUUGUUGCCGGCGUCAUAAUGAUGUCAUUCGUUGAUGCGUUCAUGCUCCUGUUUGCUGUGAGCAUUUAUGCAACAAACUACGGGGAACGUCACAUGCUGUCGUCAUCACCACCGCACCUCGUCUGUCAGCUGUCAUGGAGCUUUGUCAUAGAGACGGUUGCCAUGGUGUCUAGUGUGGCCAUGGGAUCACUAGCCCUGUGCACCAAUAGAAGGGAAUACACAGAAAUCUGACACCAGACCCAGCCGUAGCUGAAGAGAACAUUACACAACACAAUGGAUGGUUGCAUCAAGUACCUGGCUGUUAGAACAUGUAGAUUAUGUUAAUCCUUAAUAAACGCUUGAUGUAAACAGAGUUCAUAGUAUGACACUGCAAUGUUCCUCUCAUACCUUUAUGAUACGACUGACGGAUACUGACUGGCCACAGGUCAGAUACUUGUCAGCUCUCUCAUGUCAGUCAGGAAUACUCAACCAAUAACACUGAGGCCCGAAAACAAUCAAACCUGGCCCACUCAUCAGCACAAAGUGAUUUUAGUGCUACGACUAUCUUAGCCUAUGUUGGAGCAUGGGAGUUACAAUCAUUGUAGCACUAAGAUUGCUUUGUGCAAGUGUGCAGCCUAGGGUCUCAGAGCUUCAAGGUGAGAAUAGGUACCCAGCAAGACAUGGACAAACAUGUGACCCACAGUGGUUCUUCCAGCUGACAAUAGGUACCAUGCAGCAUGUGUCUGUAGCUCUCAAUAUUGACAACUGGAUUUGUCUGGACAAGACUGAAUUGCAGAAAAAUGAACACACAACACCCAUUUCAGCUUUGUCAAUAAAUUUUUAUUUUGACAAAUAGCUGAAGGUUUUGUGAAGAAGUGUGUUUUACUAUUGCAGAAUACUGACAAAAUAGUUAGCAAAUGGAUAACAACAGCAAAACACACUAAGCAUAUACUCCUUACCAAUGGAAGAAUUAGUUCACCCUCAAAAUAACAAGUACCACAAGUACUGGCGAAUAUAGGUGCCAGCAACACCCAGCACACAACAUAACAUUCAAAAGGAGGUGGAUUUUACCAAACCAAGGAACAAUGUACAGACCCAGACAUGUUUGAUCUGCUUCCUAACAUCGAUGCCAUUGGCAAUACAGAGUCUAUGCUUGCUCCUGUCUGGUAAAGUUAUCAAAUUCUGACAAGUGAGCAUCAUCCAAAAUAUGACAAAAA